AUGGCCGAGGAAAACCAAAGCACAGUGACAGAAUUCAUCUUUCAAGGCCUUUCCAGCCAACCAAGGACACAGGCUGUUCUUUUCAUAGUGUUCCUGGGUUUUUUUCUGUUCACAGUGGUUGGGAAUAUCAUGAUCAUUAUAGUGAUCAGAGCCAAUCACCAGCUGCAGAAACCCAUGUACUUUUUCCUUGCCAACCUAUCCUUCUUAGACAUCUGCUAUGUCUCCACCAACAUCCCCCAGAUGCUGGUGAACCUCUUGACCAAGAGGACUAUCUCUUUCCAUGGCUGUGCUGCUCAGAUGUAUUUCUCCCUGGCUUUUGGCAUGGCAGAGUGUGUCUUGCUCGCAGUCAUGGCCUAUGACCGGUAUGUGGCGAUAUGUCACCCCUUGCAAUACGCGGCCGUCAUGAGCAAGAAGCUUUGCUCUCACAUGGUUGCGGCUUCCUGGAUCAGCAGCCUGCUGAGCUCAAUGGUCAUCAACAGCCUCACCUUCAGGCUGCCCUUCUGCGGGCCCGACACCCUGAACCAUUACUUCUGCGAAGUGCCAGCCGUGCUGGCUUUGGCCUGUGCCGACAUCGCCCUCACGGAGAUGGUGGUCUUCGCCUUCAGCAUCCUCAUCGUCUUCAUCCCCUUUCUCCUGAUCAUCACCUCAUACGGCCGAAUUCUUUUGACCAUUUUGCAGAUUCAGUCUGCCCAUGGGCAGUCCAAAGCCUUCUCCACCUGUGGAUCCCACCUGAUGGUGGUAACCAUAUUCUACGGGACAGCCAUCUGCAUGUACAUGAAUCCUAAGUCAAGGUCCCCACGGGACACGGACAAAGUGGUGGCGGUGUUUUACACCAUUGUGGCCCCCAUGCUGAACCCCCUGAUCUACAGCCUCAGGAACAAGGACAUUAAGUGUGCCUUGAGAAGGGCAGUCAGUAGACCCAAAUCCCUGUUUAUCUGA